CAGCAACAUGCACACAGUAACAACAAUCUAUCAACAUAGAUCCAUCGGUCUCGCCGUCGGUCGGUCGACCGGCCGGUGAGUCAGUCACCAUCUCCUUGAGGCAUGCGUCAAGCGGUCCCCCGCCGUCGAUGGACCUGACGCAGAUACACAAGGAAUCAAUGAAUGACACAGACAGACACACACAGAUGGAGGGAUGGAUGGAUGGAUGAGCGGCCACGUGUGUGUGUGUGUGUGUGUGUGUGCCCCUGUUUGGACCUUGGAUGGACUGCCACGUGUCAAGAAGCAGGUGGCAGGACGACAGGGCCAACACACUGUGGUCGGUUGUGCUGCUCACGGGUGCAUCUGCUCUCAUCAGCAAUGGCACCAUGUGCCUGCACCAAACACACACACACACACACAACGGACCGCAAUGUGUCCCCUCCCUCCCUCCCUCCCUCCGUCUCGGCCUGACUGACUGACUGACCAGUAUGCCAUGAGUGCCGUCUCCAUCUGUGACCGGUGUCUUGCCAUCGCCGGUGGUCCCCUCUCCCUCUCCCUCGUCCUUGACACCCACACACGCCACAGCCACCCCAGCCAGCCACACACACGGCCAGCGCCCCCCGGUCGCUUCGAGCUGAGCACCACAGCAUACGCCAGGCACAGAUUGGCCAGCACCAAGUCAUCGUCACGCGGCAACACGGCCACGUAACCACCGUCGUGCAGCUGGUGGGCCAGCCGGUCGAAUGAAGCCAGGUGGGUGAGGUCGAGCCUUGCAAGCGACGAGAUGAGCAGCACGUGGUUAUGUGUGGAGGGGCGGUGUGCGGGGCCGAGGGACAGCAGGCGGUGUGCGAGCUGGUCCAUGGCGUCGGGGAGGAAGAGGUGGAAGUGGCUCAGCGUGUUGGAUGUGACCCCAACCUUACAGUGCAGGGCAGUGAGUGCAGUGUAUGAGCAGACAGAACAGACAGAUGAAUCUGCCUGAGUGUCGGUGUGUGUGUGUGUGUGUGUGUGUGUACCUCGAUGGCAUUGAAGGUGGGUAUUCGGCCAGGCAGCUGGCGCAGCACGCCCUGAAGCACCAACUGAACAGACAGACAGACAGAUCAUAAAGGCAGACACUCGUGUCUGUCAGUUCAGUCAGAAGCACCCACCCCGCUCAACUCAAUGCUCCCGGCCGGUCGGCCCGUGGCCGACUGCCUUCCUUACCUCGUAGGUGGGGUAUCUGCUCAUGAGUGGAGCCGGGUGGGUGGCCUGCCGCAGGACGUUGCACAGCACACCCACGUCAUGGUUGUUGAGCGACUCGUAGCGAUGCAGCAAAGUCGUCACUGCAGCGUCACACACACAUACACACACAUUAAAUGCAUUACAAGUUAGUCUGUCUGUCCCCUCUUUCCCUCUCUCUGUGUGUGUGCAGGUCAGUCAGGUCACUCACGCAGCCGUGUGAGCGUCGGGUCUUCCAGGUUGCCCCGAUAGCCCUCAUCAUCUUCUAUGUACUGCGCACCAACAACACAAAUCAGACAGACAUGGCCGCGCAGGCCCCUCCCUCUGUCAGUCCUCCCGGCCCACCAUCUGCAUGGGCGAUGGCGGGCUGUCAUCGGGCGGUGGUGUGAGCUUCAGCAGGGCCCUCGCGUAGCCCAAGACGACACGAGGCGUCAGGUGGCUGAGCGACCGGUGGGAGCAUGCCUCGAUGGACGAGCGGAACAGACUGGCCAGAGGCAGUGAGUGACAGGCAGCGAGAUAAAUAAAGCGUGUGUGAGGUGGGUGGCUAGCUAGCUGUGCAUAUACAUCCCAUCCGCACCUCCCUACCGAAUGAGCUCUUGAUGCUCGACAUUGAGCUGCGCGUACGUCUGCAGCAGCUUCAUGUGCAGUGUCAGAUCCAACUCUGAAACAAAUUAAUGACCAAGACGAAAAAAAAGCACAAAUCAUCCCACCCAUUUUUCCAUCUCACCACCUUGCUGCUGAUGUCCCUUUCCAUCCGCCGUUGCCAGUUGCUGGCACAUGUAGUCGCCAAUCUGUGUGAGGACCUCCCGAGCACACGGCAGCCGGCUGUGCGACGCGCAGGGUCUGGCGGCGAAGGCAAGGGCCACCUCUGGCAGCGUGCAGACGGGCAGACGACCACCCUACACACACACACACACACACACACACACACGCAAGCAUAGAGGGAGAGCGAGAUGAAUUGAAUGCACUCGCGAGCACGGUUUGACCGAGAUCUCCCUUCCUGCUGGUCCGUACCUUACCUUCAUCAGGGGACGGACUACGUUGAUCCAGCAUUCCUCCAUGAGUGGCUCUGGCGCCUUGUUGCACCUCCAUUGCGCCAGCCAUGUGCUCAGGAAGGGUUCGUUGUACUUGUCGUGCGGCUGCAGCCACUGAUGAGAGUCGGCGGGGAAGGGCAGAUCUUUCACAACUGUCCACCGUGAGAAAGCGCGAUGGCUCAUAGAGCUCGUAGAUCAGGUGUCUGGUCGUCCAUCUGAC